AUGGAUCGUAAAAAGAUAAUUAGAAAAUAUACAAAGUUACUCAUUCCACUAUUAGUAGAAGAAUUAAAUGAACUGCUGGAAAAGGAGCAACAGGUAGAAGAUCCCGAUGAAUUCAGAAUGCUUUUAAGAAUGGAUGUACAACAUUUUGACACAUUGUUAGAAAAUAUUACUCCAUUGAUACAAAGGCAAGAUACAGUCAUGAGGGAAGCUAUAACUGCAAAGACUAAACUACAAGUAGCGUUAUGCUAUUUGGUGACUGGCGCGAGCUACCGUUAUUUGCAGGCUUUUUACAGAGUAUCUCGGGCUGCAAUAUCAUCACUCAUACCGGAAGUCAUGGAUGCAAUAUUUACUUAUUUGGAAACAAUUUUAAAGGUACCGCAGAACAAUGAAGAAUGGAAAGAAAUAGAAUUAGGCUCCAGAACAAGGUGGAAUUUCCCUGGUUGCCACAGCGCUAUAGACGGGAAGCAUGUGAUAAUUCAAGCACCACCUAAUUGUGGAACACGUACAGCAAGGGAGCUUCGAGAUAAAUAUGCAGAGUUCUUCAGUGGGGCAGGUGCCGUAUCGUGGCAAAACAGAAUGAUUUCAUAA